CUUCGGCCCGGGACGGCGGCGGACGGGGCGCCCGCAGGCCGGGGCUGCAUGGGGCUCCCGCGCGGCCAGCUCCUCUGGCUGCUGCUCCUGCUCGCGGCUGCCUGCUCGGGGAUCCUCUUCACUCUGUACUCCUCGGCAGUGGGGCCGUACCCGGGGCCCCGGUCCGGAGCCAGGAAUGCCACAUCAUCUCGAGCAUUCUUUGGACACAAGGCAUCCAACGCUGGACCAAGAAAGAGCCCGCACUGCCAACAUCCACUUUAUCAGGCCAUCCAGAAGCACCCCCACUUCCGCACCCUGUUCGAUCUCUCCAUUCCAGUACUGCUCUCGGGGGCCCUCUUCACUCAGGAGCUCUGGGACAGGCUGAGCCAGCAUAAAGCCCCCUAUGGCUGGCAGGGGCUCUCCCGCCAAGCCAUCAACUCCACCCUGAGCCUCCUGAAUGGCUCCGAGAGCUCCAGGCUAUACGCCGCCUCCAGGAAGCGGCCCUCCAAGUGCAUUCGCUGUGCGGUGGUGGGGAACGGAGGCAUUCUGAAUGGCUCCCGCCAGGGGCUGAACAUCGACGCCCAUGACUACGUGUUCAGACUCAAUGGUGCUGUGAUCAAAGGCUUCGAGAAGGAUGUGGGCACCAAGACCUCCUUCUACGGUUUCACCGUGAACACAAUGAAGAACUCCCUCAUCUCCUACUGGAAUUUCGGCUUCACCUCCGUGCCACAAGGCCAGGACCUGCACUACAUCUUCAUCCCCUCUGACAUCCGGGACUAUGUGAUGCUGAGAUCGGCCAUUCUGGGUGUGGAUGUCCCCGAGGGCCCUGAUAAAGGGGACAGGCCUCAGACCUACUUCGGACCGGAAGCCUCUGCCAGGAAAUUCAAGCUACUACAUCCAGACUUCAUCAGCUACCUGAGGGAGAGGUUUUUGAAAUCAAAGUUGAUUAACACAAAUUUUGGAGACCUAUAUAUGCCUAGUACUGGGGCCCUCAUGCUGCUGACGGCUUUGCACACCUGUGACCAGGUUAGUGCCUAUGGAUUCAUCACAAGCAAUUACUGGAAAUUUUCAGACCACUAUUUCGAGCGAAUUAAGAAGCCACUCAUAUUCUACGUGAACCACGACCUGUCCCUGGAAGCCACCCUGUGGAAGAAACUGCACAAGGCCGGCAUCCUUCGACUGUACCAGCGCUGACCCUGAAGUACCCAAGCCUUUUGUUCUUGCAGAGCUGUGGACCCGUGGGCACCUUCCCUGGCCCCUCACGUGCCUAGGCGGCCCCCAGUUUUUUCAGCCUCUGAGAAGGGCUCCAGCUCCCCUCCACCAACCCCUUCUUCUCUAGAGAGCACAAGAGCUGGACUUCUGACUGUUUUUGAAGCCUGUUCAUUGCGGGACACCCCAUCUUGUUCUUGGUUUCUCCAAGAAGACUCCCCUCAAGAUUGGAGACGGAUAUCCCGACCUUGGGCGAAGGGAGACGACCGCUCUGCUGGGUGUUUGAAAACUGAAGGUAAUGUAAUAGGAGACUGUGACCCUCACCAGCGAAGGGCAAACACACUUCAGAGCAGAUGCUCUAAGCCAGCCGUUGGUAGAGAACUUGACAAUGUGGGUGCGGUGACUUCGACAUCUCCACUGACCAGGGUCAAGCAGCAGUGCAAGCUUGCCCACUCGCCAGCCAGACCCUCCCACGAGCAUGUCCAGCCCCCCAGCAACUCCACGACGUCAGACUCUAAGACAUGCCUACACCACCCGAGGACAUGACCACUUUCCUUCUGCCCCAUGAUGAAGUGGGAGCACAAAAGGCACAAUGUAACUUGAACUAGGUACUUGCAUAAAUGACAGAAUGACC